GACUCUUCCGGUUGGUUCAACCAAUUGGAGCACAGGGAAGCGAGUGGACCAAGCACACCGGAGGGAGUUCUUUGGGCCACCACCGCCGUACUGCCGCGGCAGGGGCGUGGAGGGCAGGGGAGGCCCGGGCUCGCUUGCAAACAUGGCUCAGAACAGAGACGGCGGGAAUCCAUUCCCUGACUCCGGCGAGCUUGACAAUCCCUUUCAGGACCCAGCUGUGAUCCAGCACCGACCCAGCCAGCAGUAUGCCACGCUUGACGUCUACAACCCCUUUGAGAACCGAGAGAUCACUGAGUUACAGGGGACGAGGUGAUGUCUAAGGCUUGUCUCCAGCAGCCCCCACCAGCCUAUGAGCCUCCUGCCCCAGCCCCAGCCCCUCUGCCGCCACCCUCAGCUCCUUCCGUACAGUCCUCAAGAAAGCUCAGCCCCACAGAGCCCAAGAACUACGGCUCCUACAGCACCCAGGCUACAGCUGCAGCAGCCACUGCUGAGCUGCUGAAGAAGCAGGAGGAGCUCAACCGGAAGGCAGAGGAGUUGGACCGCAGGGAGCGAGAGCUGCAGCAUGUUGCCCUGGGUGGUGCAGGCACUCGACAGAACAACUGGCCUCCCCUGCCGUCUUUUUGCCCUGUGCAGCCUUGCUUUUUCCAGGACAUCUCUAUGGAGAUCCCCCAAGAAUUUCAGAAGACAGUGUCUACCAUGUACUACCUCUGGAUGUGCAGCACUCUGGCUCUUCUCCUGAACUUCUUCGCCUGCCUGGCCAGGUUCUGUGUGGACACCGGCAGUGGGUCAGGCUUUGGGCUGUCUAUGCUCUGGCUGCUCCUUUUUACUCCCUGCUCCUUUGUCUGCUGGUACCGCCCGAUGUAUAAGGCUUUCCGGAGUGAUAGUUCAUUCAAUUUCUUCGUUUUUUUCUUCAUUUUCUUCGUCCAGGAUGUGUUCUUUGUCCUCCAGGCCAUUGGCAUCCCAGGUUGGGGCUUCAGUGGCUGGGUGUCCGCUCUCGUGGUGGUGGGGUCCAACCCAGCCGUGGCGGUGCUCAUGCUGCUCGUCGCCCUGCUCUUCACUGGCAUUGCCGUGCUGGGAAUUGUGAUGCUGAAGCGGAUCCACUCCUUAUACCGCCAAACAGGUGCCAGCUUUCAGAAGGCCCAGCAAGAAUUUGCUGCUGGUGUCUUCUCCAACCCUGCAGUUCGAACUGCCGCCGCCAAUGCAGCUGCAGGGGCUGCUGAAAAUGCCUUCAGGGCCCCGUGACCCCUACUGCACCGGGUGGGAUGCCCUGGCCCUGCCACCUGUGGGAGCCAAGAUAGCCCCUAUCCCUGCAGUCUCUGGGAUUCAGGGAGCCGUCACCACUUGGUGACUUCUAAUAGGGCUCUUAAUUCCACAGCCAUGACUCUAAGCCUGACUGGAGGUGUGGAGAGCCCACUGUGACUCAGUCAUUAUUUGCCUUUAUCUCCCAUCUGGCCACACUGCAGCCACCUCUCACAUAACCCCAAACCCUGUUUCCCUCUGCUGUGCCAAGGAUGUCUUCUUCCGUUAUUUAAAUUAAAAAAGAAAAAAGUGUAACUGGAA